UUCAAUAAUUUGCUUAUAAAUUCACCUACAUCUCAAAACAUAUGUUACAUUUUUCUUUAGCAUUUGUAUCUCUUACCACAAAUUAACAUAAAUGGCAGAUUGGGCUCCUAUUAUUAUAGGCUUGGUCCUGUUUGUAAUAUUUUCUCCUGGAUUACUGUUUCAGCUACCAGGCAAAGGCAGGGCAAUUGAGUUUGUUAAUUUCCAAACAAGUGCUAUUUCCAUUUUUGUUCAUUCUCUUCUCUUCUUUGGCUUUAUGGUCAUCUUUCUUGUUGCCAUUAAAGUUCAUAUUGGUAGUGGUUAAGUCAUCAUAUUGUAUAAUAUAUCCACCUGUCUCUUA